AUGGCUAAGCCGGCGGCGGGGCGCGGCGGGAGGCGCUACGCGCUACUGCUAGCGCUAUGGGACUCGGAGUACGCCAAGGAGGUGUACGGCGGGUACUACAACGUCUUCGUCGCCGCGUUCGGCGACGCCAGCGGUGGCACCGACGAGAGGUGGGACUGCUUCUGCGUGAUCGCCGGCGAGUUCCCGGCGCCGGAGGAACUGGCGUCGUACGACGGGUUCGUGGUGAGCGGCAGCCCGCGGGACGCGCACGGCGACGAGCCCUGGGUCCGGCGCCUCUGCGCGCUCGUCCAGACCGUGCACGCCAUGAGGAAGCGGGUGCUCGGCAUCUGCUUCGGGCACCAGGUGCUGUGCCGAGCGCUGGGCGGAAGGGUCGGCAGGGCUCGGAACGGCUGGGACGUCGGGGUGAGGAAGGUGACGUUCGCGCCGGACCUCCUGGAGGGCCGCCGCCUCGAGUUCCUCGGGGAUCUCGUCGAGGACGACCUCCCACGGAGCGCCGCCCUCAUUGAGGUUCACCAGGACGAGGUAUGGGAGAUCCCGCCGACAGCGACGGUGCUCGCCUACUCGGAGAAGACGCGCGUGGAGGUGUUCGCCGUCGGGGAGCACGCGCUGGGCAUCCAGGGACACCCGGAGUACACCGUCGACAUCCUCCACAACCUCAUCGACCGCCUCACCAGGCAGAACGACAUCCGGAGGAGCGUCGGCGAGGAGGCGCGGCGAACGGUCGCGGAGACCGGCGGGCCGGACCGCGCGUUCUGGACGGCGCUCUGCAAGGGUUUUCUCGGAGGGGGAAGAGGAGAUCGUCCGCAGCCUGCUCCGCCGGUGCGGGAGACGGCGGCGCCGGAGGUGACCAGCUGCGCCGUCGCUGGCUGCGGCUUCACCAGCGCAGCUGCAAUGAUCCAGUUGGCUCGCAGCAACUAG